UCAAUGCCCUUACGAAUGACGCCAUAUGACGAUAACCCAAUCAAAAGUGUACUCAUUACGUUUCAGAUCAAUCAUUCAAUCACUUCUCCCCAAUUCCCUAUAAAUUCCUCUUCUUCUCCUUCCCUUUCUCCUAAUCUCUGUUCAAUUUCCUCUUUCCAAUACCCAAAACCCCUUUCGGAUACAACUCCAUUUCCAUUUCUCUCAAUGGCUGAAGAAUUUCAAGAAUAUGAAAUUAUUUUUCAGGAAAAUGCAGGACGUGAAGAGGUUCGAGAAUUAGCUGAUGAUGAUGAAGAGUAUGACUUCCAAAUUCGUCGUAAUAACAAGGUAUCUAGAAUAAAGAAACUGAAGCGGAAUUCUAAUUCGGUUCCAGUUAAUAUUCCCGACAGAAAUUCAUGGUUCAAGUACGUGGAGAAACAGUCGGAUUUUUUUGAAGACGAGUACAGAGAUGACGAAGAAAUGGUGCCGCCGCAUGUGAUAACUGGCCGGAGAAUAGCCGGAAAAAUGACGUCAUUCUCCGUUUGUACUGGAUAUGGAAGGACUCUUAAGGGAAGGGAUUUGAGUCAAGUUAGGAAUUCAAUUCUUAGGAUGACUGGUUUUCUGGAAACGUAACUUUAGAGUUCAGUUUUUUCACAUUAGAAGCAGAGGAAAUUAAAAGUCAACAAAAGAAACAAAAAGAGAAAAAAGAUAUUUUUCCUUUUGUAUUUCCCAUUUGUGGAAUUCCUAUUCCUAUUCCAUUUCUCAUCAUUGUAAUUUUAGACAACAAAAAUUAUAUGAAUUUCCAAAUGAAUUCAUCAUUUCCUCAAAGAAAGAAAGGAAAUGUGAGUUCAAAUUUUGAUAAUUUAUUUUACUUCGAAUAUUGGAAUUGUGUUUGGUGUGGAAAUUAAUAGUUGAUAUAUGAUGAAUUGUGUAAACCAAGGUUGUUAGUUGUGAGUAGAUUUCUGUUAAGAAGCUGUGGUUGGAAAUUA